UGUAAUCCACACUGACUAGCCACCAGGCCAGGAUGGAGAGAAAGGGUAGCUUCACCGCGCUUCUCAUCACUGCCCUGUUAGUGCUGGUAUCUGCUCUACAAAGAGAGUACUUCCUUGUAACAGAACCAGCAUCAUGGAAUGAUGCCCAGCAAUAUUGCAGAAGCCACCACACCGACCUGGCCUUCAUCCACACUAAGGAAGAAGCCAACAACGUCUCUGCUCUUGGUAAUGGGAACUUGGUCUGGAUUGGUAUCCACAGAGACACCCAGAACCAUACCCUUUGGUACUGGUCUGGACGCAGGACAUCUACAUUCACCGACUGGGAAUCUGGCCAGCCUAAUGAUCGUGAGGGUAAUGAGGACUGUGGCAGUGCAAAAACAGGUGGAGGCUGGUAUGAUUUACCAUGCGAUAAGAAAAUAAACUUUGUCUGCUACCAGGAGACGCCUAAAGUGGUCCUGGUGAAGGAGAACAAGACGUGGGAGGAAGCCCUGGAGUACUGUAGAGAUCAGGACAGUGACCUCCCCAGUCUGCUCUCUGAGGCUGAGCAAAGUUCAGCCAAGAAAACCACCUCAGAGGCCCAGACCAGCCAGGUGUGGACCGGCCUGCGCUUCCUGGCUGGUCAGUGGCUGUGGGUGAACGGAGAUGGGCUGGAAUUCCAGGACUGGCCUGCGGGGGAGAUGCCUUUCUGCCCUGCCCGAUACCUCCACUGUGGGACCCUGGACAAGGAAGAAGAGCACUGGGGCACCAGGGACUGCAAGGAGAAGCUCAACUUCUUAUGUGUCAAAAAGUGGUCAGAUUAGUAGAUAUUUUAGUACUUUAUUUCUGUAGGAAACACUAUCCUAUAUAUCUAUGUAAUAAUACAAUAUGUAACAUGUACUAUAGAUGGGUUCCAUGUAAAUGUAUUACAUGUUAAAAUAUGCAUCAGGAAUAUGUACUAAUAUUUGUAUCUUAAUCUUAUUUAAGAGUAUAUGUUAAAUACAUUCUUGUGUGAAACAUGCUUACUCAUGGAAAUAUUAAUUGACCAUAUACAGUAAUUAUCAAUAGAUUUGUAAAAAUGAGAUCAACCCUCAUUGGACGACAUGAGUACAACGUUAUUUCCUAAAUGCUGUAUACAACAAUACAAUAGAAGUAUACAAUGAUGAAAUCUAUGUCCAAUCUAAAUACAAGUGUAUUGAGAAAAAUAUAAAAAUGUUGCCUUUGACAGGACAGGUCCAAGAAAGAAAUGGACAAAAACAAACAAUAUUUUAAUCUAGUAUCUUUAUUCUGUCAAUAAUCCAGUUUUAUUAACUGCAACUAAAAAUCCUGUGACACA